GCAGCUCCAUCCACAACCGUCAACCGCAGCCUUCGUUUGACAGAAGUUGACAACGCAACGCAUUUCAAAACAAUGUUAUCGCCAACACAGCAACCUUUGGAACGAAACGCAAAUAAUUUUAUCUGAAUCGUCGUGUUUUUGGAACCGAUCCGCACGAAACGGGGCAACCGAAAGUGACGAUUUGCAUUUGCCAUUUUGCCGUUUCUGUUCCGUUGUUAUUAGAUAGUUUAAAAGUGUUUUUAUUUUAAGUUUUGUCCCUCGUUUGUUGUUAGUUGCUUAGUAUCUGUGUGUACGGUGAAGGAUGUUGGACCUGUUCACGAUCUUCACUAAGGGUGGUAUCGUGCUGUGGUGUUUCCGUAGCACGAACCAACUCUUUGCCCCGUCAGUAAACGCACUGAUUAAGAGCGUUAUCUUACAGGAACGCUCGGGUGUGUAUGACCACGAUGGACUAUCGCUCCAGUACAAGCUGGACAACGAGUUCGAGCUGGUGUUUGUUGUUGCAUUCCAGAAGAUUCUUCAGCUGUCGUACAUCGACAAGUUUCUUAGCGAUGUGCAUCUGGAGUUUCGCGAUAGGUACAAGAACGAUCUGCGGGUCGACAAUCGCAACUACGGCGAUUUCGACUUCAGUGCCGAUUUCCGGCGCAUCCUGGAGCGGGCGGAAAAGUGGGGCCGUCAGCAGGCGACAAUGCCGAAGCAGAUGCGCAGCUACGAAGAUUCGGCCAAAUCGAAGAAAACGGUUGCCUCCAUGAUCGAGCGCAAGGGUGAGGAAAAGCCACCCUCGGGCGGUAGUAAGAAGUCGGUGAAGAUAAAUGAAAAGAAGAAGGCGGACCUGGUGGAUGCGGAUGGGGUGGAUACGUCAUCGCCGAAGAGUGGUUCCAAUGGGCCGGAACCGGGAGACGAUAAUCUGAUAAUGGAGAGCCGCAAGAAGUUUGCGGAGAAAAUGAUGGGCAAGGGUGGCAAGGGAGCCAAGCUGGAGAAGCAAAAGUCGCCGAAGUCUCCGACACAGCAGCAAAAGUCGGGCAAGCAAAUGCGUGUUUGGGACCUGGGCGGUAAUACGAAGGAUCUACCGAACCUGGACCGGUCGAAGGAUCGUCCGGAGGAUGUGAAGAGUGAUUUCACCCCGAACGAUCAGAUCAUUGGCAGCAUGCGGGGCGGCAUCCAGGAUCUGGACGUUGAGUCGGACAGUGAGGACGGCUAUUCGGAAGAGGACGAAGAUGAUGACGAUGAGGCGUACGAAGAGCAGCGCGCUAAGAAGCAACAAUCAGGCCGUGGUGGCAUGUUUUCCAUGUUUAAGGGGCUGGUCGGUUCGAAGAAUCUGACACACGACGAUAUGUUGCCAGCGCUGGAUAAGCUACGGGACCAUUUGAUCGGGAAGAAUGUGGCGUCGGACAUUGCCCAGAAGCUGUGCGAUUCGGUUGCAGGCAAGUUGGAGGGUAGGGUGAUCGGUACGUUCGAUACGAUCGCUGCCACGGUCAAAAACACACUGACCGAGGCGCUCGUGCAGAUCCUUUCGCCGAAACGUCGUGUCGAUAUCUUGCGCGACUGUCUCGAGGCGAAGCGUGUUGGCCGUCCGUUCGUGAUGAGUUUCUGCGGUGUGAAUGGUGUGGGCAAAUCUACCAAUCUGGCUAAAAUUUGCUUCUGGUUGAUCGAAAAUAAUCUGAGCGUGCUGAUAGCGGCCUGUGACACGUUCCGUGCCGGUGCGGUAGAACAGCUCCGGACGCAUAUGCGCCACCUAAACGCACUGCACCCGCCGGAAAAGCACGGUGGCCGCAAUAUGGUGCAGCUGUACGAGAAGGGUUACGGUAAGGAUGCUGCCGGUAUUGCAAUGGAAGCGAUUCGAUAUGCAAACGAGAGCAAAAUCGAUAUCGUACUGAUCGACACAGCUGGACGGAUGCAGGAUAAUGAACCGCUGAUGCGCGCCCUUGCGAAAUUGAUCAAAGUGAACGAACCGGAUCUGGUGCUGUUCGUCGGGGAAGCGCUGGUUGGCAACGAGGCGGUGGAUCAGCUGGUGAAGUUCAACCAGGCCCUGGCGGACUAUUCGUCCAGCGAUCGUCCGCACAUCAUCGAUGGAAUCGUGCUGACCAAGUUUGACACAAUCGACGAUAAGGUCGGGGCGGCCAUCUCCAUGACGUACAUCACCGGGCAGCCGAUCGUGUUUGUCGGUACCGGCCAAACGUACACCGAUCUGAAAGCAUUGAACGCGAAAGCCGUAGUACACGCGCUGAUGAAGUGAUUUACUUAAGCGUGAUCACCUCCUGGCAAGGAUAUAUUGAGGCACCCGUAUAUAUCGUCCAAUUGGUUGGUUCACAUUCACCUCUUCUGCGCGCGUAACUAGUCACACACUCAUUUCACACAUCCAUUCACAACAACGGAUAUUACCGAAAUCGCAUCGCAAUUCUUCCCCUCCCUAAGGGACGUGUAAAAGAACGUUACCAGUAAUUCCAAUUCAUCCACCACAAAACCACCGCAUUUUGUCCAUAGGCUCACCAGUUAGCCGAAUAUAGCCAAUAGAGAGAGAGAGGGAACAAGGGAUCAUGAGGUGCCAGGGGGAAUGGUUCUGAGCAUCGUGCCACCUGGCCACCAAACGCUACGGGGAGGUUAUGGGUACAUUCAGAUAUCAACCGUUCAGAUCUUUUAAAAAAGUGAGAAAGAAAUAUAUAAGAACUCCAAAA